AUGAGUUUAGCGGCUUCUGAGAGGCCUAAGAGGUCUAUUUCUUCAACUAUCAAGGAGUUCAUAUGGGGUAAGCCUUCCAGGAACCAGUUUACCGCGUUUCCAGAGCGUUCAGAACAAGAGAAACCAUCACAAAAUGAUGUGCCCAAGAAUGUUGAACCUAUAGGUCUAUCUGAGCCUAGAGAGGGUUUUCCAGAAUUUGUUAUUGUUUAUGAAGGUAAUUCACAGGUGAGACCGCCUGUUUUACCUAUUUUGCCUGUGCAGAGACUGCGAUUGUUAAGACAGAAACAAGAGUGGAGAAAAAGGCAUGAUUUGAAUUUGUUGUACCUAUCACCAUCCAAUGUAGCUUCCUCUUCUCCUUCGAAAUUGAAUAUAUCGAAUCUUUCAUACAAAUCUUCGUCGACACCAUCACCGACAAAGAUGAACCAUGUAGUGGCACCACCUUUAAAGAGGAAAAAGACUUCGAAUAAUGGUGGUAAAGGGACCAAAUGGAGUGCGGAAUUUGAAUACGAUUUAGCUGAAUAUGAUACUGUUGAGAGACCAGGUACACCUCCAGUUCAGAAUGAAUUACCGUUCGAUCAGGUUUCGGCUCAUAAGACCGUUGUGGGUCCGUUGAAAACCUCGUUAUUGGAUCAAGAUGUGAAUUCAAACCAGUUGUCUAGUAUACAGAGAAAAGUUCUAUUGAAUGGACCGCAAUCCAUACUACCGAGAAGGGAUAGCGAUAAAAAAGAAAAUGUGGAAAAACCGGUUAAGAUGGGUGAAAAGGUUAUAUUACCAUCAGUGGGGUUUGAUUUCAUCAAAAGUAGUGAUACGCCAUCAAAGGUGAAAACCCAACAGAGAGAUGAAGAAGAUGAGGAAGAGGAACCAAAAAGAAAAAGAAAAUUAACCGAGCCUGCUCAACCAUCUUUCAAAUUUGGUACUGGCCCAGCAGAAAAGAAAGACGAGAAAAAGCAAUUGACUGGAUUUGGUGCCAAAAAGGAUGAGCAAUCCAAACCAUCGUUUAGCUUUGGCGAAAAGAAAGAUGAGCAGCCCAAACCUGCAUUUAGUUUUGGUGCCAAAAAGGAUGAACAACCCAAACCUGCAUUUAGUUUUGGUGCCAAAAAGGACGAACCGCCCAAACCUGCAUUUAGUUUUGGUGCCAAAAAGGAUGAACAACCCAAACCUGCAUUUAGUUUUGGUGCCAAAAAGGACGAACCGCCCAAACCUGCAUUUAGUUUUGGCGAGAAAAAAGAUGAACCGGCUAAACCUUCUUUCAGCUUUGGUACCAAGAAAGAUGAACUGGCUAAACCAUCCCUCAGCUUUGGCGACAAAAAAGAUGAACCAGCUAAACCGUCAUUUAGUUUUGGCGCCAAGAAAGAUGAAUCGGCUAAACCUUCUUUCAGCUUUGGUGCCAAGAAAGAUGAAAAUGAGACUUCUAAGCCUACGCUUAACUUCGGGGCCAAAAAGGAUGAUAACGAACCGGCAAAACCAUCUUUUAGCUUUGGCGCCAAAAAAGAUGAUAACGAACCCACUAAACCUUCCUUUAGUUUUGGUGCCAAAGAUGAUGAAAAAUCUAAGCCAACCGCUAGCUUUGGUGCUGGCGUUACUACUGCCCCAUCUUUCGAUUUGGGUUCUAAGAAGGAUGAACCUGCUGAAAAACCUAAACCUGCAUUCAGUUUCGGUACAAGGCCUAACGAAAAACCUUCAUUUGCAUUUGGUGCAAAGGAUGAUGAUCCCGCUAAAAAGAAACCUGCUUUCAGUUUUGGAGCUAAACAAGAUGAAUCUAAGCAAGAUGAUAAGGCUGAUUCUAAACCUCCAUUCUCUUUUGGUGCAGGUGCCGAUGGUCCUUCAAAACCUACGUUUUCUUUUGGUGCCAAGAAAGAGGGCACAGUUUUUGAUAAACCAACACCACCUUUGGCGCAGGAUGCAUCUAAGCAAGAUGGUAAAUCUAGUGGCUUUUCUUUCAAUAGAUUAAGCCAAGGUGCUCAACCACCUUCUUUGGGAGCAUCUGCACCAGUUGCGGCUCCUUCAGCUCCUACUUUCAGUUUUGGUAGUGGGGCUAAUGAUAAACCACCUGCAUCCAAUGGUCCUAGUGUAUUUGCCCCUACCCCGCAAGCGGCAGAGAAACCAUUUCCAUUUUCGAGACCAAAUUCCAAUCCAUCCUGGCCUAGUCAACCAGGUUCUGCAGCAAGUGCACCAGGUGAUAACCCACCAUCAAUGAAUUUUAAGUUCGGUUCAGGCUCAGGUUCUUCGAUGCCUGCUGCUGCUCCACCACCGGCAUCGACUAAUCCUCUGGUUAGCAAUCCAUUUGUCAACAAACCUAGUGGAUUUGCAUUCGGAAGCAACAGUGCGGCCCCAUUUGGUGCCUCUCAAGCUCCUAGUCCAUCACCAGGUGCCCCUGCCCCAGCGUUCGGCAACGCUGCCAGUGUAUCACCAGCAUUUGGCAAGUCUGCUAGCCCACCAGUAAUGCCAAAUUUUGAUCCUACAAAAAGAGCUUUUACACCCUCUAAUUCUAUAAAUUUGAAUUUUGGUGGCAAUGCUGCGUCUACAGAUCCAAGCAGGAUUUUUUCAGGAGGCUCUACAAAUUCACAACCGAUGCCAGGGACAGCUUCUACUCCUCAGCAGGUAUUCGGUGGCUCACAACCACCUGCACCAAUAUUUGGGAAUGGGCCACAACCACCUGUUGGUGCCGCUGGAUUUAAUGGUGCCGCCCCAGGGAUGCCAUCGAAUCCACCACAACCACCAAUGUCGAAUUUCCAAUUACCACCUGGUAGAAGGCUAGCAAGAAUGAGACAGUCGAGAAGAGCUUGA